GGGAUUUGUAGUUUUUUACACCGCCCAGUUACGUCAGCGGAAGUAGUUUGAGCGGACGUGAGCGAGGUCACAUUGGACCUGUGUUGUAAUGUUUUGAGAAACACCAUCGUUAUGGAGGCAGUUAACGCAGAGGAGAUGCACCUGAGGCACGUGGAAACAGACGUCCUGAUCCCCAAGAUGAUGAGGGAGAAAGCCAAGGAGCUCUGUGUGGAGAAAGUAGAAGCCUUCGGAAAAUGCUGUAGAGAAUCUGGUUUCUUCAUGGUGUUCAAGUGUCGAGAGGAGAAUUCAGCACUGAAGGAAUGUCUGACACAAUACUACAGGGACCCUGUGUUUUACGAGGAGUGUAAGCAGGAGUACAUCCGAGAGAAACUGGAGUUUAUAAGGACGGGGAUCCCUACGAAGAACAGGAAACAAAAACUCCCAGUGAGCAUGUAAUGAACAACAUGACACCCAAACAACUUCCCUCCUCCGUACCGGGGAUACACGGUCAUCUGAGAGGCCUCAUUCAUGUUUAAACACACAUGGGAUCUGUAACUGAAGCUGCUAUGACAGCUACAUAAUCAAUAACUAUUUGUUAUUUUCUGUAUAUUUGCUAAAUGUUUUCCACAGAUGGCUGCCACUUGUAGAAUGAUCUGCGUCACAUGACUGAAUCUGAGGGAUUUACAUUCAAUUUACCAAUAAUCUUAGUGAUCAAUGUCACUGCAGCACUUUGGCUUUGGAGGAAUAGAUGCAGUUGUCAGUAGAUUGAUGCUAAACAUUUGCUGUUUAUUGCAAUUACUACCAAGUGGUAAUGAGGAGUGUAGCAUUUUUCCACUGCUUGGCUCCCCACAUCCUCAUCAACAGUAAUAUGAACAUCCUGAACAAAAAGACACAAGUUCAGAUGUGUACUGUGUUUAUUAAAGAGAAAUAACUAAACAAAGCCGGUAAGAAAACUGUAAAUGUCAACAUUGUAAAUAUUCUGUGGCAGUAAAGUCUUUGUGAAAUGAAA